AAUUUCUACUGCAAAGAAGCCUAAUGAAUGUAAUGUAUGUGGAAAGGUCUUUAGUCAGAAGACAGGACUUACUCGACAUCAGAGAAUUCACACUGGAGAGAAACCAUAUGAAUGUAAUGAAUGUGGAAAGGCAUUCAGUCGGAAGACAGGACUUAGUGAACAUCAAAAAAUUCAUAAUGGAGAGAAACCUUAUAAAUGUAACGAAUGUGGAAAGGCCUUCCGGCAGAGAAUACGCCUUAUUGAACAUCAGAGAAUCCAUACAGGAGAGAAACCUUAUGAAUGUAAGUCAUGUGGAAAGGCCUUCCGAUGGAGCUCAGAACUUACUCGUCAUCAGAGAGUUCACACGGGAGUGAAACCUUAUAAAUGCAAUGAAUGUGGGAAGACCUUCUGCCGGAGAACAGGGCUCACUCAACACCAGAGAAUUCAUACUGGAGAGAAACCUUACACGUGUAAAGAAUGUGGGAAUGCCUUCCGUCAGAGAAUACGCCUUAUUGAACACCAGAGAAUUCAUACUGGAGAAAAACCUUAUGAAUGUAAAGAAUGUGGGAAGGCCUUCCCCAGGAGCACAGAACUUACUCAACAUCAGAAAAUUCAUACUGGAGAAAAACCUUAUGAAUGUAAUCUAUGUGGAAAGGCCUUCCGGUGGAUCACAGAACUUAAUGAACAUGAGAGAGUUCAUACUGGAGAGAAACCUUUUCAGUGUAAAGAAUGUGGGAAGACCUUCCGCCAGAGAAGAAGUCUUAUUCAACACCAGAGAAUUCACACCGGAGAGAAACCUUAUAAUUGUAGUGAAUGUGGGAAGGCCUUUCGGUGGAGCACAGACCUUACUGAGCAUCAGAGGAUUCAUACUGGAGAGAAACCUUAUACAUGUAAAGAAUGUGGGAAAGCCUUCCGUCAGAGAGCACCACUUGCUCAGCAUCAGAGAAUUCAUACUGGAGAGAAACCUUAUAACUGUAUUGAAUGUGGGCAGGCUUUCCGACAUUCUUUACAUGUAUAA